AUGGCAUAUGUCCCUCCACUGGCUAACAGUGGAGCGCACUACAAGGAUGCGCUUGGACUCGGACUGCCCUUCCACCUUGACGCUGCAUACCUCGACCCAGUGCACGGACAGAGGUCACCCUACAGACGGUUCUCCUAUUUGCCCUUUCACGGACCCCUCGGCGUGUGUGAUUACUCCUUCGAGCCCGCGUUCAUCCGGAAAAGGAACGAGAGGGAGCGGCACCGAGUGCGCUGCGUAAACGAGGGUUACGCGCGGCUCAGGGAGCAUCUGCCGCAGGAACUCGAAGACAAACGGCUCAGCAAAGUGGAGACCCUGCGAGCGGCCAUUGACUAUAUCAAACACCUGCAGAGCCUGUUGGACUUAAACUUGUCCGGGAUGGAGGUGUCACUUGGAGAUGCGCAGCAGAGGACAGAGUGUAAUAACAGUGAUGGAGAAUCCAAAACUGGCUUCAGCGACAGUGGGGACAUAGUUUACUAA